AUGAAUAUAACAAAAACUUUUAUACUUAAAUACGAUCCAACUUUUUCUCCGGAUACCAUGUUGGUUAAUUUGCAAAAGGCGUGGCACGGAGAGUUGAAGUUAAUUGAACCUCAUAUCGUGAAGUCAAAUAACAUCGAUGCUCUUCUAGUUAGUUUUAACAAAACACGUUUGACUCUUUUUAAAACAUUAGGAAGAUUAAAGCCCGAUAACUUAAAGCAAGCGGCUGAUUAUUUGCAAAGAGAUUAUGAAGAAGUUGAAAGAAACGCCAAGGAUCAAACAUUCUUAAUUGCUGAGGCUUUUGCUAAAUCCGAAAAAGAACUCGAAGAAUUGAAUUUUUUAAUAAUUGCUGACCAACCGAGAGUGAAAGAAGAAUUAGACCGGGAGGAUAUGCGGAGAAUGC